UCUCGGUCUCAACAACAAUUGACAAUGCAUCCAGUGGGGGUAGCUGCUCCGCUGCUGGCUCUGCUGGCGGCGAACGGCACUACGGUGCUCGACUGUGUCUGCCUUAAGAUCCACACCUCCAACUUCGAGGGCUACGGUGCAGACUGGAUAUAUAGCGCCUACUGUGGAGAGUUCAGACACACUGACGUGUUGAUAGCUUGCAAGAGCCUCGAGUAUCGGUACAUCGCGGUGGGUGCCAUGCUUCGCCUGAUUACAAGCUGGACGCUGGGAGGCUGGAGGCUCGGGUUCGAGGAAUGCGACGACGGCCAGGCUGCUCUCGCCGGCCUCACUGACGCCACGGACAGCUACCAGCUCGCCGUGGACCUCGCGUGCUUCGUCGCUGCCGACUGCAUCGACUCCUGCUCUGCGUCGGGGUCUAACAUCACGGAGUGGAACGUGGAAACGCUGACCUCGGACGAUCAGAGGGGUCCUGUCCUCUCCAAAUUACUGCGCACCCUUCGGCAUAUCACAAAAGCCAUACGCCUGGGCAAAAAAUGUGCCGGGCGCCAUAAAUGGAAUUUUCUCGAGCGGCACUUGAACAAAACAGAACUGGAGGCCGAGGUGCCCGCCUACCUGAAACACGUCUCCAGCUACUCACGGGAUGUUGUGCAGUUGCUCUCACAUGGUGUGAGGCACAUAUCAGCAGCUUUAGUUCCAUUCGCAUUCGAGAUCAUGAAAAUGGAUCCGAAUGAUGAGCGACUCAGUACCUGGAUUAAUCACGUGGAGCAUAUGAGAGACAUGCUACACACGAAAUUAAGGGGUUGGGUACAAGAUAUGCAAUAUGUCAGCGAGCAGACAGCGAAUUACAAGGUGGAAGAAGACAAGAAGUCGCCUGGGAAGUAUAUAAUAAGGCUGCCGCUGUUGAAUGAUCGCCUGCUGUCGUACCACGGGCAGUACCUCUCCUUUCGCGACGACUUCAGCGCGCAGUGUGAGAGGCAACAGCCAGAGGCGUCACCAAUGUUCGCCCUCGCCGACGCCCUCUAUGGCUUCUACUACCACGUCUGGUUCAACGAAGCUCGAAGUUUCCUGCCGCUUUAUGAAGUUCAUUACUCUAUGUUCAGCUAUAAUAGAGUACCAAAUGAACCUCCUAUCGACAUCAAAGGCGAGGAGUGGCAGCUGGAGGACAAAAGCAACGCUACGCUGUCCGUGGACACUGGCUGCAUGCAGCUGUUGGCCAACGCCCUGGACCACCCCACGUGCCCACUGGAAGACUUGCCUCCGGAAACCAUUAAGCGGCGCGAGCAGUGCCGUGUGCAGCUGUGGCACGACCUGUCGCAGGGGUCGCCCCACAUACCCGUCACCAGCUACCUGGCCUACACGCAGAGGGCCAACGUCAACCUCUGCCUCUUCGCCUGGAUGACUGUCAACUCGGUCAGCAUUUGCCAGGACGUCCCCUUCAGUAUGAUUCAGUCUGUGCGCGAUGCCCGCUGCGUUUUCGGUGGUCCUGACGACCAACCCUGCCCGCAACUCAACGCAACCGACGCCGUCUGCUCUGUUUGCAGGGCUAUUCUCCUGCUCAAGUGUCGCGAUUUUGCUUCCACAAGUUAUCUCGAGGCAUGUCGCGCCCCCAUGGACCACCGUGGUUGGUACUCAUCAAACCGUGGAUAUUACAUACAGGAGAAAGACAAGCCGACAAACAGAAUACUGAGCUACAAAGACAAUCUAAACAGUGGCACCUUGAAGUACAGGGAUUUUAAAAUCGAGGGCUUAGAACCUUUAGAAAUAACGUUUGUAGCAGUGAAUAUUCUCUUCCGAUUUUUGACUGCCGCAGUGUACGUGUACCUUCCCAAUUUACGUAACUUGCCCGGAAAGAUAUUCUUGUCCUUUCAGAUAACAGGUAUGAUCCAGAUCUUGUUUUCUGAGGUCUUGUAUCGUAUGGCAGGUGUACCUGACUUAUCAGCGACGGUGCAGAUCGAUAGCGCACUAACUCUUCUGAGCUGUAUCUGGCUCAACUCAUUCUGCUACCAAAUGUACGCAUGCGUUCGUCACCUCAGGCUUCCUAGCGACCUAGAACGUGCUGAAGCGAGGAAGGUAUUCCGCCGUCAGCUGUUGUGUUCGCUAAUACCCUGGGGCGUAGUACUGGUGGCAACCAUUGCUUUGGAAAGAACGAGCGAAUAUUACCUGUUGCACAGUCGGGUAAUAUUCAUCGUCGGAAUUUCUCUGUCAGUAGCUUACAAUAUUGUUUGUCUCGGACUGGUGGGAUACAUGUACCGACGUACUCGUAAUUCCAUGCGGCAGCUCAAAAUUUAUAGUAAAGAGACGUUUGGCUCAAAGAAACUAAUUCUUUACAUGUCAGCUAAGACUGUCACGUUAAGUGGCAUAGGUACGAUUGUUAGAAUUGGCUUCCACCAGGCACAAGGCAUAGCGCAGUACGUAUACUAUGUCCAUAUAGCUACGAUGGUACAGGGUCCACUGCUUUUCGUUUUAUUCGUUUGCAACAAUGCAACUCUCCCUCUGCUCAGGGAGAGACUACUAGCACGGUGGAACCCCGAUGUCAUCGGUCCAGGACAAGAAUUGUGUUCAUCUGCCGAGAGAAAUCUGGCAAAGAGAGUCAAUGUACAGGCUUCGGCUGCGGAUACCACAUUGUAAUCUCCACGAGUAUGUUUUUCCAAGGAUUGUCCUCGUUGCGCUAAACUCUGUCAUAAGUUAUCAAUGCAGAAGCUAGCUGUGAUUCAUGUAAAACCGCUUCCCUAUUUUAUAAUUUGAUCUUUAUUUGUUCAUUGACAUUAAAUAAUUAAUAAAUAAAAUUAAAUCUAUAUGAA